CUCUGUCUCUAUUUCUCUCUCCCCCUCCCAUCUGCUCUCCCUCAUCCAUCUCCCUCUCUGUACAUGGGAAAGUGGGUUAGUGAAGGAGUCCUGUGUAAGAUUCACAUCCAGGCUCAGCAGCCUCAGCAAUAGCAGCACCCGGCUCUGCUCCCACCACCCUGGGCUUGGUUCUGCUCCAGUGAAUGGGGUGCUGAAGGCAAUAAGGCACUUGGGCUAUGGAAAACUGCUGGGAGAUGUUUUUGUAGAGAUCCUGGAAUUGGAUAAAAAAAAAAACAGUGGGAAUUCAAGGACUUCAUGGUUGAUCAUUUUCCCUGGACCAUUUUAUCCUCGUGAAGUUUUUUUUGGUGCAAGUUUAUAUUUUUUUAAGGGUAUUUUUUUUAUUUUUUUUGUGGUUGGUUUUGAUUUGAAAAUUGGAACCAUGGUUGGGAGAUCUCAAUCAGACAGGAAUCAGCUGCCCCUGUUUCUUCUCAGACUGCUCUGCCUUCUUCCCACAGGGCUGCCGGUUCGCAGCGGGGAUUUUAACCGGAGCACCGACAACAUGACCGUCCGGCAAGGGGAUACCGCCAUUCUCAGAUGUUUUGUGGAAGACAAGAGCUCCAAAGUGGCUUGGCUUAACCGUUCUGGUAUCAUCUUUGCUGUAGAUGACAAAUGGUCCCUUGACCCAAGGGUAGAGUUGGAGAAAAGAAGCCCGUUUGAAUACAGCCUCCGCAUUCAGAAAGUAGACGUCUCCGAUGAGGGCCCCUACAUUUGCUCUGUGCAGACGAACCAGCACACAAAGACCAUGCAGGUGUAUCUUAUUGUGCAAGUUCCACCAAAGAUCUCCAACAUUUCUGCAGACAUCACUGUGAACGAGGGCAGCAAUGUGACGCUGAUGUGCAUUGCCUAUGGACGCCCAGAACCUAUGAUUACCUGGAGACAUCUCACCCCAACAGCCAGAGAUUUUGAAGGGGAGGAAGAAUUUCUGGAAAUUCAGGGGAUCACCAGAGAGCAGUCUGGGAGAUAUGAGUGCAAAGCGGCCAAUGAGGUAGCGUCUGCUGAUGUGAAGCAAGUCCGCGUCACUGUGAACUAUCCCCCCAUUAUCACCGAAUCCAAUAGCAACGAAGCAACGACUGGCAAGCAAGCCAUCCUCCGAUGCGAGGCCUCUGCUGUCCCUGCUCCUGAUUUUGAGUGGUACAAAGAUGAUACAAGGUCUCGCAGAAUAAACAGUGCCCAGGGCCUGGAGAUACGCAACACCGGAAGCCGAUCCGUACUUAUGGUGGCCAACGUGACUGAGGAGCACUACGGAAACUAUACCUGCGUGGCUGCUAACAAGCUUGGGAUCACCAACACAAGCCUAUAUCUCUACAAGCGGGUCUCGCCCACAAAACCCAUGUCCUCCUCAGAGAGAGGCAGCAACGUGCAUUACAAGUUUAAAGUAGGACCCGGGACGCCGAUAGACAAUGCUACGAGCCUGGCUGCAUCUCUUUGGCUAAUGGCAAACAUCCUCCUCUGCUUAUUCUGCACAUGUUAAUAUAAUAAAUAUAUACAAGAAAAAAGAAAAAAAAAAGAAAACACAAAAAAAGUAAUAUGGGAGAGAAGGAGAGAGAGAGAGAGACUGAACUGUUUCCUUUAAUAAAGUGUCACAAAAUGGGAAAAAAUAUAUAUAUAUAACAAUACGAGAAGACCAGAAAUUGUUUCAUUCGAUAAGGAAUCAGAUCAACGUUCGAGAAGAAAGGACUGAAUUCUGUUUGAAGAAACACAAAAUGCUGAGAACAUUGAAAAGCUGUAAAAAAUCAGUUUAUUUUUCCUUGUCUAUUUUUUUUUUCCCUCUCGGUUCUUUUCACGUAAUAGUCUAAUUUUGUCGUUCCAAGACUCUCUCUCGCUCGUUCCCAACGGACUCAAUGCUAACCCUGGUUUCUGGUGUCCCUUUGCCCCGUGGUGUAGGAGACGAGUCAAUAGACAACCCUUCUUGUAGCUUUGGGCAUUUCCUCGUCAAUAGGUAAAGUAAGUGUCAUAACUGGAGGACACCCUAUGAACCAUCAGCGCAUUUUCUCUUAAUGAAUCUAACAAAUUGGGCCAACACUUGUAGAAAUGAGGUCUUUUGCUAACUGAAUACCUGUCUGGCUUCAGAUAACGUUGGACUGGUAUCACAUCUGUGAGUAACGUCCGUUGAGUUGGCUUUCCUCCAUGUGACACCUACUUUUCCUCUUGCGUCUAGAGGUUAUUUUCUACUUUAAACCCUUUGCCCCUCCCCGCCACCUUCACAGCACAUGGCCUUCAGAUUGUAUGAGGUCGUAUGAUGUCACAAUGGGUUUCAUACCACUUAACAUGCUUGAUCUAUGUAUUCUAGAGAAAGACAGGCAAUUCGCUAUGUAUCAUACAACAAAAAAACACCAGCACACCCAGGGUAAAGCGAGGGGCAAAGGGAUCAAAAGGUUUCGGGGCUCAAACUUUUACAGGGAUUGCUUUCUUUGCCUGCUUUUGUGUGCGUGUGAGUGUGUGCAAGGCUUGCCGUAGGGACUAACACAUAUCACAACCAACAGGGUUUUGUUCAUGCUGCAACCAUUUUUGCAUGAAGCAGUGGUGAACACUGUUAUAGGCACUAAGUGACCAAUCACAGAAAUAGCCAUAAGGAACUUGGUCACGUGAUUUACAUUGACUCACUCCAAUCAGAGUUCUCAGUGGGCAAACCAUCAUUUCUUACCUUCAAGUUGGCUUAAUACAUCCGACUAUCUGAAAUUUUCCAUGUCAAACCCAACUGGAUGAUGGUGUUCUACAAGAAUCCUUAGCUGGGCAGUUUGGGAGGACCACUAGCGAGGGUUUCUAAUCUCAGCUUCAGCAAGCCAUGGAAUAUCCCUACAGGAACACUGAUAGAUCACACCAAAACUCAGAUCGAGAUACCUAUAGUACCAAUCCACCCAUGGGCUUGUAUGAAUCUCCGUGACGCACAGUUUGAGUACGUGGAAAUCACUGAUUUAGGGUAUAAAAUACAAGUAUAUAGAGUGGAUAAGGUAUUAUGUCUUAUUGUGGUGUUAAUUAUAUAAUAAUUACUGCAUAGGCCUUCACCUCUUCUUAACAUUGUUCCUCUAACUGUAGUAUGUUAUCAUGAAUACAAAGAGGAGGCAUGCAUGGCUGUUUUUGUUCUGAAUAUGAGUCAAUCAAAAUAGAGUUAUCAUUGGGUUGGAGGGUCCUAGAACUUUAAAGACCCGACAGAUAAAAAAAAAAAAAAGGAUUUCAACCUCAGUUGACUUGCUUUUCUAUGGUCUAUGAUAAGGUACCACUUUUUGUGAUUAGGCAAUAGCCCUCCAUUAAAGCAGUUAUUUAUGUAUAUUAUAAAUAAUCUCAAGAACUAAAUUUGUGCUAUACCUGUAAAGACGACUCUUCUCCUUUCUUCUUCUUUAUCUCCUGAAGUAGGAAUGGAAAUAUCUCAUAAUAGUAGGGGAUCUCUGGUGUCCUUCAUCGAUCUUGGAGACCCACCAACUAAAGGCACCACCCUAGAGAGCAUUCUCCUAUACACCACAUGUAUGCUCUACGGUGCAUGAUCCAAAUGUUUAUAGACACUGUUGUCCCAAAAGGAGAUCAUGCUAUCAUAAUCUGAGUUGUUCUUGCUGCAAAGCUUGAGAUACCCCUUGGCAUAACUUUGGCUACAAAAUGUGUUUCUUUUCCUUUUUUUUCUUUCUUUUUUGGAGUAUUUGAUAUUUGAAUUGUUCCAUUUAUCAUAAUACAUUAAAUUCAUUGAUGUGUA